AUGUCUGAGCUACACAAAAUAAGAACAUCACUAUUAGCAUCCCUAUUAAGGAUUCUACCAUUGGAAGACCUAAUUUCUCCAAAACCUAAACCUGAAGUUCAACCUCAACCUCAGACUAACGGGAAACCAACCUGGGAACAAAGUGAAUUACCUGUUUCUCAACCACAGGAUGAGAUACAUCCACAGCCGCAGGCACAGAUACAGCCACCACCGAUUAAGAGGCCACCAGGACGUCCUAGAAAGGAUGGAGCUUUGCCUACAGUGAAGACUGCUGCUUCUGUUUCCGGUGGUGUGGAAAUUGUGAAACGAAGAGGUAGACCUCCGAGUGGAAGAGCUGCUGGAAGAGAGAGGAAGCCUACAGUUAUCUCAGCUCCAGCUUCGGUGUUCCCGUAUGUUGCUAAUGGUGGUGUUAGACGCCGAGGGAGGCCAAAGAGAGUUGAUGCUGGUGCUUCUUCUGUUGCUCCACCACCACAACCACCUAACGUAGAGAGUGGAGGAGAGGAAGCUGCAGUCAAGAAACGAGGACGAGGACGGCCUCCUAAGAUCGGUGGUGUUAUUAGGAAGCCUAUGAAGCCUAAGAGAAGCUUUACUCGUACUGGUAGACCCGUAGGAAGACCCAGAAAGAAUGCGGUGUCAAUGAGAGCUUCUGGACAACAAGAUGGUGACUAUGGAGAGCUCAAGAAGAAGCUUGAGUUGUUUCAAGCGAGAGCUAAGGAUAUUGUUACUGUGUUGAAAGCUGAGAUAGGAGGCACUGAAAAUCAAGCGGUGGUUCAAGCCAUACAGGACCUGGAAGGGACAACAGGAACAACAACGGAGACAACAAACAAGCCACAGCACAUGGAAGAAGUGCAGUUGCCAGACGAGGAACACCCUGAAACUGAACCCGAACCAGUGGGACAAGGACAAGGACAAGGACAAACACAAACAGAAGCAGAGGCUAUGCAAGAAGCUCUGUUCUAAAGAGAGCUCAUGAUAUAAAAAAGCUAGCAAGUGGUGAUGAUGAUGGUGGGUUUGCUUGUUGUGUGUUCCAUGAAAUUUUUAAUCGUUUAAGGGUGUUUGCAGGAGAAGAAAACAAAAAGAACAAUGUGAUGAUGAUUGUGUCUCUAACCAAACAACAAGGAGAGGUAGGGUAAUGUCUGUAAAGUGAAUUAGGAUGUUACCAUUGUUCAUGCUCUUUCUUCUCUCUCUCCAUCGUCCAUGUCUGUGUAGGCUGUGAUCUUUGUUCCCUUAUGUUUCUUUAGACUCUGUUCUCUUAUUCUAUUUUGUAUCUUAGGCUCUUUUAGGAGUUGAUGAUGUUUAUCAAAACGCUAUGUAAUUUUUAUGACCACUUCUACUUUUAUGAUGGUUUCUUCACUCUC